AGCUCAAUGCCUCACCAGCAUUUCAGCUUUGGGUGAGUGAGAGAGCGAGCAGGGUCUUUUCCCUAAUAAUCAGUUGUCAUCCACUCUUCUUUGGAGAGAGCUGAAGGGAUGGCCAUGUUCACAGUUGGUCACCAUCCAUGGGUGUUUGCCUCUGGGAUUCUAGGUAACCUCAUGUCAUUCUUGGUGUAUCUUGCUCCUAUACCGACAUUUACUAGGGUUAUUAAGAAGAAAUCCACAGAAGGGUUUCAAUCGGUUCCUUAUGUUAUUGCGCUGUUCAGCGCAAUGCUUUGGAUGUACUACGGAUUGGUUAAUACGAACGCAUCCUUUCUCCUCUCCGUCAACGGGUUUGGUUGUUUUAUAGAGAUUAUUUACAUCAGCAUCUACCUCAUUUUUGCGCCAAGGCGAGCUAGGAUCCUAACUCUAAGGCUACUUCUUCUAAUAAACCUUGGAGCAUUUUGCUUGAUUCUUAUCGUUACCAACUUCAUGGUAAAACGCCCACACCGUGUGAAAGCUGUUGGAUGGGUGUGUCUCAUAUUCGCUGUGAGCGUAUUCGCAGCGCCUUUGAGCAUUAUGAGAUUGGUGAUUCGAACCAAGAGCGUGGAGUUUAUGCCGUUGCCUUUAUCGAUUUGCCUCACUCUAAGUGCAGUCGGGUGGUUCUUCUAUGGCAUCCUACAGAUGGACUUAUACAUUGCGAUGCCGAACACACUGGGUUUCGUCUUUGGGUUGAUUCAGAUGAUACUCUACGCCAUGUACAGGAACAGCACCCCCGUUACCAAAGAGCCGAAGCUGCCCGAACAAGUUAUCGAUAUUGUGAAGCUAAACACUAACUCUACUCCUGAGGUACACCCGGUGUCCACCCUGCAGCCCAAUUGUGUUGAAAAUGAAGGCGGAAAUGGUCAAAAUGCGCGUAAGGAAACCGAGCAUGCUGAGGAAAGCAUGGGAGGAUCGAACCGGGUUUGAUUAGUGAAGUGCAUGUGAACAUCGACCGACCGACCGACGGAUCGAGAGUUUGAAUAAUUAAGUGCAUGUAAAAACUUUUAGUUAUAUCAUAUGCAUGUGAAGUAAUUACUAGUUUCUUUAUGUUCCUGUAUUUCAUACCUCUGUAUAAAGAUGGGUCGGGAGAGUAUGAGAACUACUACUGUAAGCUUAUUUCCUACUAUAUUAUGCAAUGUUCAACUUCUCAUGCACUGAA